ACAGAGCUUUUUAAGUUCACAAAUUACACAUUUCUUGUCAAAACAGAGUGAGGAAUUUUUUUGGGUUCUGUUCAUCCGCCGCUUAUUUCUCGUUUCCAUGGAUUCCACCGAAAUUGCCCACAACUUUUCCCCUUUGUUUAUCGUUUACAAAGACGGUACCGUCCACAGGUUACUCGGCAACGAUGCAAUACCUCCUUCUCCGGAUCCCGUUACCGGCGUCGAUUCCAAAGACGUCGUCAUCUCCCCGGAAACCGCUGUCUCUGUUCGGAUUUACAGGCCCAAACCCGCCACCGCCACCGCACAACCCCAGAAGCUUCCUGUUCUCGUUUACGUCCACGGCGGUGGCUUCUGCAUCGAAUCGGCAUUCUCCCCUUUCUACGACCGCCACGUCAAGUCCUUAGUUGCUGAAGCCAACGUUGUCGCCGUCUCUGUCGACUACCGUCUUGCUCCGGAGCACCCUCUUCCGAUUGCUUAUGAAGAUUCAUGGGCCGCUCUGAAAUGGGUCGCUGCCCAUUCCGACGGAAAUGGGCCGGAGGAGUGGCUGAAUGGAAUCGUGGAUUUGGAUCGGGUUUAUUUUGCUGGAGAUAGCGCCGGAGCUAACAUUGUUCAUCACUUGGCGGUUCGGGUCGGGUCGGAGGGGAUAGGCGGGUUGAAUCUGAAGGGAUUGAUUUUGGUUCAUCCUUAUUUCUGGGGAGGGAAAUUGGUCGGAGAUGAAGAGAAGCUGAGAGCAGAGGAAAGACACUUUAUGGAGAAAUUGUGGUAUGUGACUUGCCCUACAAUUAGCGGGUUAGAUGACCCGAUUGUGAACCCGGAAUAUGACCCGAAAUUGGGACAGCUGGCGGCGGAGAGAGUGGUGGUUUAUGUGGCGGAGAAGGAUGCUCUGAAGAACAGAGGAUGGUUUUACAGCGAGUGUUUGAAGAAAUCGGGAUGGGGUGGCACCGUCGAGGUCGUGGAGACAAAGGGCGAAGGCCACGUGUUUCAUUUGUUCAACCCCACUACCGACGUGGCACUGGAUUUCGUCAGAAAGCUUGCUGCCUUCAUCAAUGGCAAUGGCGGCCGCCGUGAGUGAUCUCAGAAAAUGAAAUAAAUCCCCUUCCCCCCACCACCCCUCACGGCCCUCUUCGACGGCGCCGGCCACUGGCGGCGGAAUUUUAGGCCGUUUUAAAUUUCCUGUUCUAUUUACAUUGUAUUGUACUUUGGAGGGGAAAUAAAUAAAGGGAUUUAAGGUCAAAUCAAA